AACACACAUCAGGAAGCUGCUUCUCUUCCUGUCUGUGACAGCCGCCUCAAAGGGAGGAAAAAAAAGGGCCGAGUUUGGCUGCAACUCUUGUCUUUUUUUUUUCAAAUUAGAACAGACACCUUUAAACCACCGCAGCCAUGUCGAAGAACACCGUGUCCGCCCGCUUCAGGCGAGUGGACGUGGACGAGUACGACGAGAACAAAUUUGUAGACGAAGACGACGGAGGAGAAAAUCAGCUGGGUCCUGACGAGGCAGAGGUGGACUCCCUUAUCAGACAAGGAAACCUCAUGGAGGCCUUACAAGCAGUCCUGAAGAAUCCCCCGAUCAACACAAAGAACCAGAACGUCAAAGAUCGUGCCGAGGGUCUCGUGCUGAAAGUGCUCAGUGCCUUUAAGAGCAGCGACAUUGAGAAAGGGGUGCAGUCGCUGGACAAGAACGGCGUGGACCUGCUGAUGAAAUAUAUCUACAAAGGCUUUGAGAGGCCGUCGGAGAACAGCAGCGCCGUCCUGCUGCAGUGGCACGAAAAGGCUCUAGCUGCUGGAGGAGUGGGCAGCAUCGUCAGGGUACUAACGGCGAGGAAAACAGUCUAAGAUCAAAACAUAGAACCACAUCACAUUACAUCACCGGGGCGCUGCACUGUUCCUGUACCAGACGGCAUUGAAACUGAAAGGAGGAGGGAAAAAAAGGCAGAUUUUAACCCUCUGAGAUGCUGAGUUGCUCCAGGCAAGCCUAACGGAGAAUCUGGGUCAUACUGGGUUAAAARCAGAUUUUUCUUUCUUCUUGUUAUUAAACAAAGUUUAAAUCACAGCUCUAAGUUAAUGUGUCCAACAGUGGUUUCUAAUAUAUAGAAGACAAAUCUUAGAAAAAUGUUYAAAAAAAACCUACAGAUUGGUAUAAAAGUGUUGGAUACCACUGCUGUAAACAUUGCUUCAGAUGAUCCAUUUGUGCUUAAAUUUGCAAGUAUUUCUUUUUGUACUGUUUGCUACUCCAAAAAACAAACAAACAAACAAACAAACAAAAAAAGCAUUUGUUUUCUCUUUAUUUGUUGGUUUCACCUUCAGAGACUUCCUGAAUCAAUAAAAGCAGUAAAUCAGCUCAGACAGUGUCAGUCUGCUGAAAAAGGCAGAUGGAAGAUGGGUUUGCCCAGUGGGGUCAGCAUUCACCCCGGUGGGGGACGGAUGCGGGGUGGAGGAGGAUUAUUACCCACGAUUCAUCUCCGCCAUCGCAUUAUUUUUUUUUUUAAAUCCCACUUUGCUGCUGACAUCUGCUACUGAACAGGGCUGCGUGUGGUUCUGUUGGUUUUUAAACGAGCAGCUUUCAUGUUUGUACUCUCGGGAAAAUAAUCAUCGAAAUAUGUGCUGAUUUUUUUGUAAGUGUUCAUUUGGAGAAAAAAAAUAAAUAUUCCAGGGUUAAA